AUGUUUUACACCCAUGUGCUUAUGAGUAAACGAGGGCCAUUGGCCAAAAUAUGGCUUGCAGCUCACUGGGAGAAGAAACUCACAAAGGCCCAUGUAUUUGAAUGUAAUCUAGAGAUAACCAUUAAGAAAAUAAUUUCACCUAAGGUGAAAAUUGCUCUUCGAACUUCAGGACACCUUCUUUUGGGAGUUGUUCGAAUCUAUAAUAGGAAGGCAAAGUAUCUCUUGGCAGAUUGCAGUGAAGCAUUUCUUAAAAUGAAGAUGACAUUUCGCCCAGGACUGGUUGACCUCCCAAAAGAGAAUUUUGAAGCAGCUUAUAAUACUAUCACAUUACCAGAAGAAUUUCAUGAUUUUGACACCCAUAAUAUGAAUGCUGUUGAUGUUUCAGAACAUUUUACUCAGAACCGAAGCAGACCAGAAGAAAUUACACUUAGAGAAGAUUAUGGCAAUGAUCUACUUUUUCAAGCUGGGAGCUUUGGGGAGGAAUCUGAAAUUCUCAGAAGACAUAGCUUUUUCGAUGACAACGUAUUGCUGAACUCCAGUGGUCCUUUCAUUGAACAUAGUUCUGGGAGUUUCAUUGGAGAAAAAUCUUUGUUCUAUGAUAGUGGAGAUGGAUUUGGAGAUGAAGGAGCUGCAGGAGAAAUGAUUGACAAUCUAUUGCAAGAUGAUGAGAAUAUUCUAUUAGAAGACAUGCAUUUGAACAGAGAAAUAUCACUGCCUCCCGAGCCUCCCAGUAGUACUGUGGUAGAACCAGAUAAUCCAGAUGACAUAUGUCUACCUGAAAAUGAAAAAAUGAGUGAACCAACAUUAUCAAAUGAAGAUGAAGGAUUUACUCUUGACCCAAUUGAUAUUUCAGACAUUGCUGAAAAAAGGAAAAGCAAAAAGAGGAGAUUGCUUAUAGAUCCAGUCAAGGAGAUCAAUAGUAAAAUUAUGCAUAAACAACUUACCUCCUUUGCUGACACACUUAUGAUAUUGGAACUUGCACCUCCUACACAAAGAUUAAUGAUGUGGAAGAAGAGGGGAGGAGUGGAUACACUUCUGUCAACUGCAGCCCAGGAUUUGAUUCAUGCUGAACUGAAAAUGUUGUUUGCAAAAUGCCUUCUAUCUUCUGGCUUUAAACUUGGAAGAAAAUUGAUACAAAAGGAAUCAGUAAGGGAAGAAGUGGGAAGCCAAAACAUAGUAGAGACCUUCAUGAUGGAAGAGCCAAAUUGCCUGCAAGAGUUAAAUCAGCCCCAUUGGAAGAAUGUGACUGACAAAUCUAAGGGUAGUUCUCAUGAGGAUACCAAUAAAAAUGUUAGCACUGAGCAGGGUAUUAUUGAAAUGGUUUCUCCUGCUGCAGAGGAAUCAUCUUUAGUGAAUGACUUUUUGGCCCAAGAAAAUUGUCCAGUCGAAUUGGAGUCAUUGGGAAGUGAACAAAAUUUUGAGACACAGAGAUGGAAUCGAAGAUUACUUCAGAUGUUAAAUAGAUUACGGGAAUCCAACAAGAUGGGAAUGCAGUCCUUUAGUCUGAAGGAGCUCUGCAGAAACAGUGACCGAAAACAAGCAGCAGCCAAAUUUUAUAGCUUGCUUGUCCUAAAAAAACAGCAGGCUAUUGAGCUGAGCCAGCAUGCUCCCUAUGCAGAUAUUAUAGCUAUGGUGGGACCAAUGUUCUAUAAAAUGUGA